AUGCCAAACUUCCAGGUGCACGACACGGUCGUACUCAUUGACCAGACAUCCUUUGUCGGCUCAGUCGAGAAGACCAGUCAAUUCGACCCAGGGCCUCUUGACGAGUGCCUCAUCAUUGCACAUACUAAAGUCCCUAGCAGCGUGAUCCAUACUUUCGUGUCAACAGGCUCUCCUCCUCAGGGUUAUGUGUUCGUGCGAUUCGCCUCACAGGAGAAGGGAAGCUCUCUUGUGGCCGAAAGUGAUCUGAUUUUGAUCGAUCGUAUCCUCGAUCUGGGAGACGUCGUCAAGCUGUCCACGUCUCAACUCACAGGCACCGUCGUCAAUGUUGAGAGUUCCUACGUUUUGGAUCCAAUAUGGCUGCCAAAGCUGACAGGCAAUGAUUUCGCUGCAAGACCUGCUAACCAGAUCAGUUCCCGCCGCCACGUAUGCGAUACCCUUUGCAAUAAGCUCGAUGUACGACUUUCGCACCCUUCGCCUCAUAGACUAAUUCACGAUGUGCCGUUCGAGGAGUUGAAAAGAGCACAGGACUUUGUGGAAGAGGAUUAUGUGAUUGAACAGGAUUGGCUGGGCAUUGUCGACGAAGCCGAGAUCCUGGUCGUGCUUCGCCUGGAAGAUGGUUCGGUCGUUGUUGUCGCGCAGCCAGAAGAUCUAUAUAUUCCGAUACCAGACUACAGCAAACCGCUUGUUUCAUUACCCGAAUAUGAUGGCAUAAUGCGACCUGAUCUGGUUAUUGCAGCUCAAGGUUGGGGAAAUAUGAUACCUGCGGAGGAACUUCAAAGUGGGCAAUUCGUGGUCACUGAUCCCAAGAACAUCAAGCGAGGGCGUUGGCUUCGUGGUUCUUAUGACACUAAGGUCAAACCACAGGGUCAUAUCCUCAUGGUGAAGAGUCGUCGCCUCACGGUGGAGUGGUUGAUGUGUAAUGCAUUCACACCAGAGGAUAUCAAUCAUAUAUCGAAGCCUGGCAAUUGCGUGCCAUAUGAGAACUUGGACAUUUUCCUUACACCGCAAGAGAUUCGUAGAGAUAAACGAGUUGCGUUGUACGAUCCUAGCAAGCACCCAGCUUAUUUGGAAGACAGAACCAGAGCAGUGUCCAAGUCUGCCGACCACAGUCGUUCUACGGCCAGCCACAAGUCCGUGAGUCUGAGCUCGAACUUCAAUGUGGGACAAAGAGUUAGAUUUCGUGAUCCUGCAGGUGCUGCCGUCAAGUAUGCAGGUCAAGAGAUUGGCUCUGUGGUACACGGAAUGUUCGAACGAAUCGACCACAAGGCGACGCUUGGUUACGACGUCAACGAGUUCGAUGUAGUGCAUUCGCGACAAUUAGCUACUGUCAGAUGGCAAGACGGCACUGUCACACAGCAUUCAAGUACUGCCUUGCUCAAGGUUGCUCUCUUCGAGUCUGAUUACAUGCCCGCUGAUAUCGUCGUGGCUCGAGAAGGCAUGAAACAAAGACAACAUUCGAAUGGCUCUGAACAUCCACUUCUUGAUUUUAACGAAAUGACAGUGUUCACACAGCAGCAUGAUCUGCUCCCUUCCAGAGUAGGAAUUGUCCAGUCAGUCAAUCCUCGUGAAAGAGUGGCUUCCAUUCGAUGGUUUGCACAUCCAGCAGUACGACUCACACAGUCUGGCAAUGGUCUCGGCGCUGAUUCAAGGUUCGGUCCAGUCGGGCACGUCACUGAAGAUGUUUCCCUCUAUGAAAUCAUGUCCUUUGGUGGGCUUUUCCGCAAGCUUCGCGAUAUUGUUGCUCUUCCUCCCUGCAUGCCUGUAAGAAAAGCUCUUGUGUUAAUCAACACCAUCGCACAAGAGUAUGUUAGGGAUGUUGGAGCCUCUAUCACAACCCUAUCACAAAUACCUGACACGUCACCAUCUGCGUUGUUGGAGUUCAUGCAGCACAACGCUCAUCUCAACAUUCUCGAUGCUGAAAUAACGGCAAUAACGGAGACAGAACAUUACAAGUCGCACCGGUCGCUAGACUGGGUUGGUGAGAUCUGCGAAUUACGCACAGAUGGCUUAGUCGUUGUGAGAGUCAAUACUGCCAAUGAGGCCAGAGACGUUCUGAUCGAGCAUGAUCAAAUUCUUGCCUUCGUGGAUAUACAGGGGCUGGGAUUUGAUUACAAUGACGAUCCUAUGGAUGUAGAGGAUGAUGAUGAUUCAUAUGCUUCAGAAACGACCGAUGAUUCACUGGAGGUGCUCGCAGAGCUCGUUGAAUAUGAAGGUGGACAACGCUUAGACGACGAUCCUGGGGACGACAACUGGGAAAGUGAAGAAGAAACGGACAGUAUCACAACGAUGCAAUUAGAGAGUAAUCUUCCGAGCGAAGCGGAGACCAGAGGGACUCUUCAGCGUGCUCGACAACUCGACCAGUCUACGAAAAUGAUUCCUUCCACAAUCGCAACCGACGCAGCUACAAGACCGCAUAAGCGCCCCCUUACAGCACACCUACCACCAGAAGAGCCUGCUGCGUUUCUGUGUCUCGAUCAAGAACCACCAGCAGACCAGUUUCGAGCUUCCGAACCACCGUCAAGGUCAACAGCCUUUUUGAAGCGCAUUGCAAAGGAGCACCGCAUACUCACUAGUAGCUUGCCCAAGCACGAGAUCUACGUGCGUACAUUCGAGUCUCGCCUUGAUCUUUUACGGUGUCUUAUCAUUGGGCCUCUUGACACACCGUACGAACAUGCACCAUUCCUGAUCGACUUACACCUUGGCUCUGGGUUCCCUCGAGAACCACCAACUGCACGAUUCCACAGCUGGACCUCUGGCAUGGGAAGGAUCAACCCGAACCUAUAUGAGGAAGGCAAGAUCUGUCUGUCACUGCUCGGAACCUGGCCAGGUAAAAGCGAAGACGAAGGUUGGACCGAGAAAGCCACACUUCUUCAGCUGUUGGUGAGCCUGCAAGGACUUGUUUUCGUAAAAGCUCCUUUCUACAACGAAGCCGGCUAUGAAGGAUAUGCAGAGACGCAGGAGUACAAAGUCGAAAGCCUCCAGUACAGCGAGAAAGCAUAUAUCAUGAGCCGGAACUUUGUGAAGCAUGCCAUUAGCUGUCCGAUUCCUGGUAUGGAAGACGUUCUAGCAUGGAUAUAUCUACCUCGACGUAGCAAUGAAAGCUAUUCACAUAGAACGGCUGAUCGCCGACAAUGCGUGCUAAGUCAAGUCAUUUCUCGAAGUCAAGCUCUGAUACGGCGUUCCGAAGAGUUGAGAGGUCCGAGUAAACAGCUAGGGGGCGAAGACGACGACCACAACGAUCAGCUCCUGAGUGGAGAUGGAAAGAGCGACGACGACACAACAGUGUUUCUCAGCCCAUUGAGUGUGGGUGCUGUGGUGAUGCUGCGAAAGACUAUCGAGUCACUGAGUGAGAUUCUAGAGCAGGAAUUGCAAGCUUUGAACGAUACGGCGAUGUCUCAGGAACCUAUGGCCGGGCACAGCAUGGCCUCAUAG